AUGGCUGAACCUUAUCGUAGAUAUUUUUCAGACGAGUAUUAUAAUUGUACAGUGAAUUUACCGAGAGCAAGUAUCGAUAGAUGGUUUUGUAACAGGGCCGUUUCUCCAAACCUGCAGGAGAAUGAAAAUAAUGUACUGGUCGAGCUACAAAAUGCAACAAUAAGUUCAUCAGACAAUUCUUCGGUUCUGAAAGAUUCAGAAGUAGAAGUAUCGAAUAUAAUGGAAUUAGGCAAUAAGGAGACAGAAGUACCAGAAUCAGAGGAAGAAAAUGACAUCGAAGAUCACGACGAUUCAGUCAAGGACCCUAAUUAUGAAUUGAGUGAGACUAGUUCUGAGGAAGAAAUAAAUUCUGAUGUGGAAGAAAUUCCUAGAGACGAAAUUGAAUCUGAUAUGCUGAAUGAAGAUCCUCCUAUUAGGAAUAGAUCUUGUAUGAAUUAUGAAUCGAAGGAUAAAAUCAAAAAAGGCAAUAAAGGAAAAGAUUUCUGCUUCCAUUGCGACAGUCUUGUUUUGAAUUUUGCGCGUCAUAUAAAGCGAAAUCAUUCAACAGAGCUUGAUGUACAGAAAAUCUUCUCGAAACCUCCACGUUCGAAAGAGAGAAAAGAACUACUCAGCAAAUUGAGGAAGAAAGGAAAUUAUUUGAAUAGCAAUAUCUACAGAAAGCCAGUGAAAACACCAUCAAUAAACACAAACAUUUUGCCUUGCAACAACUGUUUGGGAUUCUACUCAGCAAAACAACUGUGGCGACAUAAGAAAAAAUGUUGUGGAACUGGUUCGAAGGCAUGUCAAUCAGAAGCACAGCAUUUUCAUUUGAAAAACUCGAAGAUUGACAAACAGUUGAUAGAAUCUGUAUUCCCACGAAUGAGGGCUGAUGAGGUAUCUCUGCAAGCUAAAGAAGAUCCUCUUAUAUGUGCUUAUGGUGCAAGGUAUAUGAAAAUUCAUAGAGAAAAGCAUUUUGUGAAUGUCACAUCACGCAAAAUGCGAGAACUGGCAAAAUUACUAAUGGAGGCAAAGAAGGAGGAACCGUCAAUAAAUAAUUUAUUCGAAGCAUUACAGCCAAAAUAUUUCGACUUGCUGGUUGCGGCCACAAAAAUCGUCGCAAAGUAUGACAAAGAUAAAGAUUGUUACAAAUCACCUACUUUCGCACUAAAUAUUGGAACGACUCUCAAACAGUGUUGCAAAAUCGCCAUUGUAUUUGCUCUGAAAAGAAAAGAGGUAUAUGCAACAUUACAAUCGGCUGAGGCGGAAGCUAACCUUAAAACAAUGAUACAACUCAUUGAAUCGCAUUGGCGUUUUGAUGUUUCUAGCCAAGCAGCAAAUGAUUUGAACAUGAAUAAGUGGAAUAAAGUUACUCUAGUUCCAUUAGCCACCGACUUGAAACAUUUGAAAGAUUUUCUUAUCAAGACAGCCAAUUCUGCUGCAGAGGCACUAUCGAAUGGCAAUAAAGAUCGAAAUUCUUAUGUCACCCUCUUAGAAACCGUAUUCUGUAGAGUAAUGCUCCUCAACAGGAGGAGACCAGGAGAGCUGCAAAGGUUAUUGUUAGAAAUAUAUGAAAAUUCGGGAAAUAUUUCUCAAAACUAUGAAGAAUUCACUGAAGCCGUUACACCAUCAGAAAAAAUAUUGAUGCAGAAGUUCAAAAGAAUUGUCAUAAGAGGAAAAAGAGGUCGUGGUGUUCCUGUACUGUUCAGCCCUGAUGUUCAGCAGCACAUCAAAAUUAUGUUGAAUCAUCGUCCUGAUUUUGUAGCGAAGGGUAACACAUAUCUUUUUGGCAACCCAAAAACAAUGGAACCUAUAUGUGGUUAUAAGGUAUUGAAAAAGUACGCAGAAGCUUGUGGUGCUAAGAACCCGCAAGCGAUUUCAUCCACAAGGCUCAGAAAACACCUAGCAACAUUGACGCAAAUUUUUAGUAUGUCUGAAGGUGACAUAGAACAGUUAGCUUCAUUCAUGGGUCACACAGUUGGCGUUCACAAAGGGUCAUACAGAUUACCAGACGACGUCUAUCAAACGGCGAAAAUAUCAAAAUUAUUACUUCUGAUGGGGAAAGGAUCGGCUGCCGAAUUCAAGGGAAAACCUUUGAAUGAAAUUGAAUUAGAUCUGGAAGAUGAUCUCAUGAACAAUGAUGAGAAAGAUGACGGAGCUACAGAUGCAAUCAAUGUGAGCACGGAACCACUUUCCAGAACUGUUUCAGAUCAUAGUGAAAUGAAUAUACUUCCUAAAACGAAUAAGCGUAUAUUGAUUCCAUGGACAGAUAAACAAAAAGAGGCCGUCAACUCAUUUUUCGCCGAACAUAUAAAUAAAAAACAGCCACCUAAGAAACAUGAAUGUGAAGCUGUUAAAUGCCAAAAUCCAAAUUUAUUGGAAAACAAGUCGUGGCUAAAAAUAAAAGUAUAUGUGCAGAAUGAGUACAUGAAAAAAAAACGGAAGUAA